AUGGCAGCGACGAUCGAUGCCGAUGUGGUUCACGGGUUCAUCGAGCUGGGUGAUUUGGAAGGCUUGCAGGCAUUCGCACCUCCCAAGUUCGACUGGACUAAGGGCCUGGGAGAGUGGGAGUUACCUGCACUGAUUUGUGUGAUUCGUUACAACGUUGCUCGGACAGAAGCCUUUCAAAAGAAAAGCCUCAAGAUGGUGGAAUGGCUCCUCAAGGUUGGAGCUGAUCCUCGACAGAAGCUUCCGGCCCAUCACCCUUUACGGUCUCAGUGUUUCAAGCCCAGCAACGAGGAAGCAACGAAGUUCACAGUUGCAUAUGGCGGGCAUUCCGCUGUUUCGCUUGCUUUUGCAUAUCUUCAGCAAAUGCAAAAGUGCACAGGCAAGGCGGACUGGUCACAAAUGGAGGCAUAUCUCAAAGCCGUCCUUGCUGUUCUCUCGAGCUCCGCUACUGUUAACAGCUCCUAUGGUGCAGAUGUCACCGUGCCCCAGAGCACCUUGGACUUGUGGGAGUCAAUGCGUGACUUGACCACCUCGCAUAGCGUGAUUUUCGAAUGCUCAGACGGAAAGGUGUCGGCACACGACCAGAUCUUGAUGUUAGCUUCGCCCGUCUUGAAAGCCAUGCUCACGUCUGCAAUGAAGGAGGGCUCCAGCUGGCUCAUUCAAGUUAAGGAUUCCUCAUCCUCGGGCGUCUCGCUCUUCCUGGAUCUGCUGUACACAAGCUCCACCCGUGAAGACCCCGACCACAGUACCAUGCUGGAGGCUUUGGACUUGGCCCACCGCUGGCAAAUCCAUGGCGUUGCGCAGACCCUGUGCAGGGCACUGUGUGACAUGAUCGAUGCCAAGAGCUUCGCGGCUAUCGCAGAGGCUGCAGCUCUGAAGGGGGUGGAGGUGCUCCAAAGAAAAUGCGUCUCCUUCGGCUCGACAAACGAGCAAGUGCAGGAACUGCUCAAAAAAGGUAGUCUCCCUGCAGCCGUGCGGAAGCUGCUUGGAGGGCCUGAGCCUGCUAUUGAUGUUGAGCAACCGCCGAAGAAGCGACGGCUGUUCCGCUGA